AUGUCAGCAAGAGAGCGCAAGCGGCCGGACGUGUCUCCGGACGACGUGCUGCGCAGCAACGUGCGGCUGCUGCAGCUGGCGGGCGUGUGGCCGCCGUCGUCGCCGCGCGGGCUCGGCCGGCUGUUCUCGCUGCACGUCGCCUCCGUCUACCUCAGCCAGGUGGCCAGCAUCGCCAUGGCGCUGCAGCUCAUGUACUCGGCGCGCGGCGACAUGCACGAGAUCACGCAGGCGCUCAUGAACGCCAUGACUCUGGUCGGCGGCGUGCUCAAGCUGGCGCACCUCUCGACGCACGUGCCCGCCUACUGCCGGCUCGUCGGGGCGCUGCGUGACGUCAUCAGGAUUCAGCGCCCGCACUGCGAGAGCACCCCCAGCCUCAUGGCCGUCUUCACCGGCGCCCACCGCAAGACACUGCGACUCACCUUCUGGCCCAUCGCAUACCUCAACCUUUUGGCGUUCGGCUGGUACAUGAUACCCGUCAUCUCCUGGGCCACCGGUUCGGAAAAGAGACUCCUGCCUUUCUUCACCCUCCACGGAGUUGACUGUUACGAUUUCGUUCUAUACGUUGCCAUCUAUUUCGUGCAGUGCCACUCGAUUUUCUACUGGUGCUUCAUCAGUAUCGGGCAGGACAUGUUCUUCGUGACGAGCAUGGUUCACGUGGCUGCCCAGCUGCAGAUUCUCAAUGUUCGUCUGUCGAAACUGGGCGGAGGACAGGAAACCGACAACGAAUUUGGGCGGCUCUACAGUUGUAGAGCAGAGGACUGUGGCACGUGUGAGAGGAAACCAAUGUCUGACGAGAUGUACACGGAGCUUCGAAACUGCAUCACGACGCAUCAGGAAAUUCUCAAGUUCGUGCAGUUCCUGCAGCAGGUGAUGAGUCCAGUGGCCAUGGCGCAGUUCAUGUGCAGCGUUGGAGCAGCGUGUGUCACACUGUACCAGGCAACGUUUAAGGCUGCUGCUCAAGAAACUUCUGAUGAGCUGGUGCCAUGUGCAUUGCUAUCGGUUGCUUCUGAAAUCUGUGAAAUAACUUUAUUGGGACAGAAAGGAAAGAUUCCUGCUUUUCUGAACCCAUAUAUUACAUUUGAUUUGGACGUGAUAGCUAUAUUUUCAAAAAAGUUUUCAGCAACCUAG